GUUUAAACAACCAUUUCUCUUCCUCUUCUCCUUCUUCUUCAAUGGAAGAUCAGGUUGAGCACAAGAACCCUUCUUUAGAUGAAGUUAUCUUCGCGAGUGUAACCGACUGCUUACAAAGCUCAUUAGUUAUGGAUUAUAACUCACUAGAGAAAGCCUUCAAAUUUUCACCUUACAAUUCCUCUCUCCAACCGAUUUCAUUGACCAAUAUGGGCCAAGUAGUGAAUCACCCUUACUUAAAUCUAAAUCCAAAUUCUCCAAUAAUCUCUUCUUCCUCCAAUGAAGCUGAUCCUAAAGAGAACGUCGGCGAUAAGAAUGGCCCAAUGGAAGAUCACAACGAAGGAGACCAACAUGGUGAUGGUGAAAGCUCCAAGCCAUUGUCGACAAAACAAGGUAAAGGAAAAAGAGAAAAGAAAGAAAGAGAAGCUAGGGUUGCGUUUAUGACCAAAAGUGAGGUCGAGCAUCUUGAAGAUGGUUAUAGAUGGAGAAAAUAUGGACAAAAGGCUGUCAAGAAUAGCCCUUAUCCAAGGAGUUAUUAUAGGUGCACAACACAGAAGUGUAACGUGAAGAAACGCGUAGAAAGGUCGUUUCAAGAUCCGUCGAUCGUAAUCACAACCUACGAAGGAAAACACAACCAUCUAAUCCCAUCGACGUUGAGAGGUCCCCUGGUCGGGGAGCAUCUAUCAGGACACCGUGGAAGUGGUCUCCUCCAUAGCUUCCCACGUUACCAUCAAGAGUUUCUCAUGAUGAAUCAACAUCAUGUCAAUUAUCAAGCAGUGGAAUCUACAUCGCAUCGACAAAGCCAUGGUAACUCUAGUAAUUAUAGUAAUCAUCAGCAAGUUGUUGACUAUGGUCUUCUUCAGGACAUUGUUCCUUCAAAGUUACUGAAGCAUGAAUCUUGAGAGACAGUAAUGGAGAUCCAAAUCUUUCUCUUUGGUCAUAUGUGUAUUGUAGAGUAUUUAUGAAUACAUUGUAUAAGCAUAAAUAACUUGUAGUAUACAAACAUGUAUGUGUAUAUACAGUAUUUGACAGACAGCCUACUUCUAAU